GCAAGAAGCUCCCCCUUUAGCUCCAUGCUACUCCAUGUGAUCCAUGCACUCCAUGCCAUGCGAGCUGUGAAACCUUAUAAACUGCUCUAGCCUAUAUGUACAUGGCACCACUUGGCCUUGAGUUGACCUUCCAUCACAUCGUCUUCGUCACAUACUAGUCAGGAAUCCCUAGGAUGACGGAUUAUGCUAAGUGGGAUCGUAUUGAGAAGUCGCUCAACAGCGACGACGAUGAGGAGGACGAGCUGACCAAGAAGAACAAGGCUGACCUUGCAGAAGCCUGCAAAGGCCUCAUUGACGACGAGUUGAAACCAUUUGUCAAAAAAUGGGGUCUAUCUUUGGAUUUGGCGCUUUGUUUGGCGUGCAAAGAAAACCAAAAGGAUUUGGUUGAGGAGUUGCUGAAACAGGGUAUUCGUGUUACACGCUCAGGCACAUAUGGUUUCCUGGCUCCGAUCUCUGUAUGCCACUGCUCUACAACUACUUCUUUUACUUUCUCAUCCCUUCAUUUCAAAAUAUUUUGUGACUGAAUUUCAAUUUUUUUCAUUUUUGUUUCGCACAAAAAAAGGUGCUAACCCAAAUGCCUUGGAUCCACGUGGAAGGUCUUGCUUGAAGCUCAGUCUACGCUAUGCAGUGUCCGCACGGCCAAUCAUUGAGCUGCUCUUGGAGCACAAGGCGGAAGUAUACAGUUGCAAAGACCGACUUUCGUGUGGAGGACUUAGUAGCACUGAAUCUACAAGGAUAUCUAUAUCAACACCAACUGACGAAAUAGAGCAACAAGCAGCAUCAACCUGUGACGAUGUUAAAAAAUCAGACUCUCCAUUAACACCGCGGACACCGGAUACAGUAGCACCACCCUCAGAUUCACUGCACUUGAUUUCACCCGAAGGUGGCGUUGCUGGAGGUGGUGAUGCAGCUUCUCCUUGUGCUGGUGUACCAUCUGGUGGGCAGUUGAAGAACGAUCUUCGUCCCAUCGUCGAAGAUGAGCUGUCACCCUUAGCUCAAGCAUCAGCUGGCGAAGACUGCGAUGUGGGUGUGAUUGAGCACCUCAUAAACCACGCUCAUUGGCCCAAUCAGAGAGUAAAGCAGAAGACUUUGGAUUACGCGCUUUUCCACGCGUGUCAGAAGGGAACCGGCAGAAUCUGUCGGACCUUGAUGGCAAAUGGCGCCGACCCAUGGGGACACUUGGAGGACGCGGCUGGUCUUACGUGUUUGCACUAUUGGGCUUCGCAAAGUGAUGUGGCCUUGAUUUCAAGUGCGGUGCUGGGAUUGCAAAGUAAAAGUUCAUGUUUAGCUUGAUCUUGUGCGGAGGAAAAAUUGAUAGAUAAAAAUCUUCCACUUGUCGCAAAGCCAAAGGGAACAAAAAAUUGAUAGAUAAAAAUCUUCCACUUGUCGCAAAGCCAAAGGUAGUCGUGCAAGAUUAAAUUAUCACCUAUGAUGUUCCCGUCAACGUCUCUCAAUACUCUUUUUAGGUAUCUGCGACCGCAACACCAAACUACCAUCCGAAAACCUGGAGAAUCCAAGUUCGCGGGACGCGUAUCUAACUGUAAACGACGUCAAAACUCUCAAUGGCGAAACACCUUUGCUUACGGCUGUGCUCUGCACAAAUAGAAAUGUGGUUGGAAUAGUCUCCAUUCCUCUUCCAGGGUUGCUCCUUACAUAUAUGCGACUUUCCCCAUAUAAACAUAAUGUAAAUAGCGGUCAAAAUAAGACGAAGCACACGACUUCUAAUGUCCACAUAGCGGUCCGAGCCAAUUCCCUGCCUGCGGUUCGUAUGCUCCUAGCUUUUGGCUUCGACGUUGCGCAAUCCUCCGUAAAUGGCCACAUGGCGAUGAACCUGUUCCAGACUGCACAGAUGUUUGACCUUCUGAUUCGCCAAGGAGGAAGAAAAUACAUGAAUCAUUUGCCGAGACAACUCUCAGAGCAUCCACAGGACGAGGAAGUCAUCGAUGCUGGGUUUUCUCCGCUGCUUGCUGCCCUAGCAAACAACGCAUUGAACGAUGAUUUGGCUAUGCGAAUGCUAGACGAAUUUCCUGAAAUCGACGUGGAUCUAGAAGGCAACCAAUUGCCCUUGACCUGUGCAGUGAGGAAGAAUAGAUCAGCACAAUUGAUUCACAAAAUGGUGGUGGAGAAAAACGCAGAUGUGAAUCGGAUCGAAAAAUGCACGAGGGUGCCAACACUGAUCUUAGCGGUUAUUAUGAAGUAAAAAGUAAAAAAAAAUUAGGAAGAUUGCAUGAAUUUGAUGAUAUUCCUCUACCAUAAUUCUCUUCUCUACACAAGCUACUUCCCUCACACCUCCUCGUUCUUCUCUUUUCAAUAAAAGCAUUCUCUUCUAGUUGAAAAGAGAAGACGAUCGUAGAACUAUCUAGUUCUACGAUCGGCAUGGUCGUUGGCAGUGACUGAAAUAUGGGAGGUAGCUUUGACAGGGCUACUCUUCCUUGUUCAGUAUCUCGCUUAUUUUCAGUAGUUACUCGCUUAUUUCAGUUUUUCGAAUAGGAAGAUUGCAUAGAUUUGAUUUUGAUGAUAUUCCUCUCGUUCUUCUCUUCUCAAUAAUACAUCACUGCCAACGACCAUGCCGAUCGCAUUCUCUAAUCUAUCUAGUUCUACGAUCGGCAUGGUCGUCGGCAGUGAGGACGAAAACCAAGACGAAGAGACGGGUGUGGAUGUUGCAGCUCCCUUUCCCAGGGGUACUGCAGGAGCACAAGAAUCUACUUCUACUUCUACACAAGACCAUCCAGCUGCUGUAGUCCCCGUUGACGCCCCAAGAGACUACGAUAGAGAUCCAACGUUGCCUUGGCAAAUUCGUGUAGCUAAGUGCCUUCUGACAGCAGGUGCGGAUCCCUUGAUGGAAGAUCCUCAAGGCUUCAACACCAUCACUCGGUGUUUGUCUCCGCGAUUACUGGGAGAAAUCUUGGCCCACCUAGAGGAAAUGGAGAGGACUGAAACGCUGCACGUUCAAAUGCCAUCAUUGGUGGAACACUUGAAAGCGGCUUCUUUGCGCAAAAAUCAAGAACUAUCUUUUGGAAGCAGCACUAGUACCCAAGUUGUAGAAGUCGACGACGAUGAUGACGAAGCACCUCCACGAGAAGAAAUCACGACAAGCGUGAAGAGCAUGAUGAAAGUCACUGAGUUCCUAGUGAAUCACAAAUCUAGCUGUGGUAAGAGUGCUCUCGUCAUUGCAAGUAGCUCAAACAAUGUGAAGAUGAUCGAACUGUUGUUGCAAAAGGGAGCUGCGGUAGAUUUGGCGGCACCUGUUACACCAUUGAUAGCUGCUGCCGCAAACUGCCACUUAGAAGCAUGCACUCUUCUAGUCGAAACAGGCAAAGCAGACCGUUCAUUGGCCUUGCGAAACCGAGUGGCGCUUGAUUUCGUCGACAAGAAUGAUAGAAACUAUCCAGCUUUGCGAGCGUUGCUGGAAGAACCAAGGAUUGUUGACGCGUAAUUAUCUUGUUGGACGACGCAGUGCUAGUGAUCUUUCAACCACUACUGGGGGGCUUCAUGAUGUCGACGUCUUCCUGGGAGUACAAUCUCCUCGUCUUCAACUUUCUCGCUUGCUGUAGCUGCAAUGUUCUCGGCCUUCGACAGGCUUGUUGCUGCAAUGUCCUGUCGAAAAUAGGGAGCAAGAGCUACACCACAAACUUAGUUGUCAUUGUGAAUCUUUUGAUCACGAUGGUCACCAUUUGCAGAGCUAUGAUGAGUUCAGUACCGCCUUGUACUUACUUCUUCUUGUUCUUACAGUCGCUGUUGCUCUCCCUCGUUCUCGUUGGCCA